UUUUAAAUUCCCAAAAUUGUUUAAGGGGGAGUGUUAUGUUGGCAACUCUCUAAUGUUAAACUAUAAUGCUAGAGUUGGCAACGUCGUAGUAAACAAUUUUCAAUAAUAGACGGCGCUACAUGUGCUGUUCCUAAUAUCUCUACUGUUGUGUGUUACUACGGUUAUGUGUGUAAAAACAGAAUCUCUCUAUUGUUAUGUUACCAUGGUUAUGUGUGUGAAUAUGUAUAUAAAAUGCCUUUGUGUAUCAAAAGUUUGUCUUAAUAAAGCAGGGUUAGAUGGAACAUUGAUUCUUACGUAUCAUCCGAUCCACGUAGAAGAGAAAAUAACAGUUGUUUGUUUAUUAUAAAUACAGUUUCAGGACAUUUGUAAAAUAAGGCAAUUACGGCACUGGGAAGUCCUUAUGCGAUUAUGCAAUGGAUCAAGAACAGAAGCUAGAGUUUGUUAAGAAUCACAUUGAAAGUUACCCAGACUUUCCAAAGCCUGGAAUACUAUUCAGGGACUUGUUUUCAGUGCUCAGAAAUCCAUGUGCAUUCCGUGCUUUGCAAGAGGUCAUGAUUGAGCAUGUGUCAUUGCAGCUGACCCCAAAGCCCGAAGCUGUAGUAGCUCUGGAUGCAAGGGGCUUUUUAAUCGGACCACUAAUAGCACUGCAUUUUGAUAUCCCCUUCAUUCCAAUAAGGAAAAGAGGAAAGCUUCCAGGACAAGUGAUACAAGUUUCUUUUGCACUAGAGUAUGGCACAGACAUAUUUGAAAUUCAGUCAGUGGGCAUCAAAAGCGGCCAGAAUGUCCUCAUAGUAGAUGAUUUAUUAGCAACCGGAGGCUCACUGAAUGCUGCAUGUCAGCUGGUGCAGCAGCUUCAUGCCACAGUUCUGGAGUGCCUUGUCAUCAUAGAGUUAGUGGACUUGAAAGGAAGAGAUAAUGUGAAGGCACCAGUACAUUCUCUUAUUCAGUUCUGAAGAGAUUGUGUGUAUUAGCAUAAAUAUUAAUGUAAUAUAAGUGAGCCUUUUUAGGGUAUGAUGCAUAUCAGAUUAUUACAGUUAUUACACAGUUCCGAAGCUACUGUUUGUAUUAGCAUAAAUAUUAAUGUAAUAUGUAGUGAGCCGUUUUUUAGGGUAUGAUGCAUAUCAGAUUAAAGUCUGGGUUAUGAAGCAAACCUUCUGGUAACACUGUGUAAUAAGAUAUAACUAGUUUUUAUCUUUGAGGUUGCUGAGGAGAAAAUUACAGUUAGGAGCGCCAUAAUUUGUACUCUUCACAAAAUGUUAUUUAAUUGCAGAAGCUGAGAUGGGUGGGGCAAAUGGCAUCAGUGGGAAAGAACAAAACGCAUAGAAAUUUUAAGUCAGAAAACCUGAAGAGAAGAAACCAUUUUGGACACAAGGUGUGGAACAGAUUCACAGGACAUGGGGUAGGGGCCAGUGUUGAACAUAAUGAAAGUUUGGGUUCCAUAGAGGAUGGGGGAUGUCUUAACCAGCCAAUUAUUACGUUCUCAAAAACGGACCAAGCUCUAUGAAAUUAAUCCUGUGACUGUGCCCAUUACAUAAAAUCAGAAUUUGCCACAUCCUAAUAGUCAGGACUAACCUAUGUAAUGGGCUAAAAAGAGUAGUGACUAUUUCUUUUGGCAUUAACUCUGAAGCAUGUAUAUUUUUUUAUUCAGAUGACAUCCACAGAAAAUCCUCCAAAGAUGAUGCAUGACCAGUAUUAGAAAUCAUAACAACACUACAGGAAUAGUUUAAUAUGAAGCUCAGUUGUGACAGGGACUGAAUUACCAUGGAACAUUACACACCCCUGACAGUACUGGAAAAUUAUUAUAAGUGUUAUUAAGACUAAAAGUAAUGAAAUCUUCUGCAAUGACCAAGGUGUUUCAGUCAGAGAGCUUCUCUGUCCAUCUGCAGGGAAUUACGUAGACAGGGAAGGUAACCAAAAGUUAGACAUUCACUCUGAACUGACAUUGCUAGUCACCUAAGAUUUUAUCAUUACUGUGGAUGUUCUCAUGAGGAAUUCAAGUGUAAUAUAGUAAUAUAUUGUAAGGAGUCCUAUUGACUAUGUAAAAGAUCAAGAAUCUGAAAUCGGCCAAGGCCCUACAGAAGGUUGUAGAGCCACAGAUAGAUAGGCAGGUAUUGUGAAAGUCAUAAACAUUCAGAGUCUUGAAUACAAGUUAUUUCCUUUACAUACACAGGUGCUAAAAAUAUAUAUUUAAUUUAUUUUUAUUAUUGAUAUUCAAAGCAAUAAAUAUACAGUGAACAUGUAUUAUGAAUUGACAUAAGAUUAGAGAAUUUGUGAUGAUGAAAGUAUCACAGUAAACUCAUGUCAUCCAAUAUCUAAGCAUCUGGAGUUCUCAUGCAACCAACAGAUCCUCAGAACAGAAUUUCCCAUUGUCAUAAAGUUACUCAAAAACAAAUUUGUAACAUGCAUACAUUCACCUGCCACAUAGCAGUUUUCGCAUCUACUGCAGGCAAACACUACUCGACAACUUCCCUCAUGCAGGCCCCCUUACAGUACGAGUAGAGGCUAGUUGAAUUCGCUUUCACACCACUGUAUUUCGAUUUGGGUAAAAAGGUAAAGUUGUCCCUGUGCUUAACUAAUUAAGCACUAUGCCAUGAAGACAUGUGACAGAGUGGA